AUGUCUGUGGUUGCUUUGAAAAACGCUGUGGUUGGCAUCAUCAAUGAAAAUGGUAAUAACAACGAUAAUAAAAACCUGUUGAACAAUCAAUCAAAUGAUAACUCUUAUGGUACAAACACCCACGACGAUUUGGAACAUGCUGCCCUCCCAAACGAUAUAUUACAAGGCUCUUUGAUCAAUAAGGUCUUUGGUAAAAUCGAUCCAAGGGUAAUUAGCGAUCUAAUUAUUGGUCUAAGUGAUGGUUUGACAGUCCCUUUUGCUUUAACUGCAGGUCUGUCCUCUCUAGGUGAUGCAAAAUUGGUCAUCACCGGUGGUUUCGCUGAAUUGAUUUCAGGUACAAUCUCAAUGGGUUUAGGUGGUUAUUUAGGUGCAAAAUCAGAAUCUGAUUACUAUAUCGCUGAAGUUAAAAAUGAAAAAAAAGUAUUCUACAAUGACCCAAGUUUAGUCAAUCACCAAGUCGAGGACAUCCUUUUAGAUAUGAACCCAGAUUUCACAGACGAAACUAUCUUGACCUUCAUCAAAGACUUACAGAAAAACCCUGAAUUAAUGGUAGAUUUCAUCAUAAGAUAUGGUAAAGGUUUAGAAGAACCUGAUCCAAAUAGAAGACUAAUCUCUGCAGUUACUAUCGGUGGUGGUUAUUUCGUAGGUGGUUUGGUACCUCUAAUCCCUUAUUUCUUCGUACAAUCCGUAGGAACCGGCCUACUUUACUCAAUAAUAUUAAUGGUAAUCACUCUAUUCUGCUUCGGUUAUGUUAAAAUUAUACUAUCAAUGGGUGAUGAAUGUUCACUAUCCAAGAAAAUCACAGAAGGUCUCCAAAUGGUAGCUGUGGGUGGUAUAGCAGCUGGUUCAGCUUGGUUCCUAGUUAAAACUUUGGGUUGA